UCUCAUUGUUAUGAUUUCUCUAAUUUAUUAGAAAGUUAAUAGAGGACAAUGAAAUGGAUGUCAGAAUUAUUUCAGCGAAAACAGCCAGAACUAUACGUACUUAAACAACUCAGGAUUGCGUUAUGCUUAACUAUUGGAAACCUUACGGUCGGAUAUACCACCGGUUGGGCGACUUCCAUCAUACCAAAGUUGAAGGAUCCGUUGCAGACCUCACUGACGUACCUGAUACUUGAUAAAGAUGGAUAUACUAUGAUUAGGGUUAUGGUAUUUGGAGCUAUUCUUGGUUCCCUCAUAUCAGGCUUCACAGCUAACAGAGUCGGUCGCAAGCCUUGCUUGAUCUUCACAUCUAGCCUCAAUAUCCUUGGCUACUCCAUCAUGGCGAACGCUGUUGAUGUGGCCACCAUGAGUGUCGGCAGGUUCAUCGCUGGCAUGGCGGCUGGCUCCAUCGCUGUGGUCAACGUUGUUUACCUUGGUGAGAUUGCUUCGCCAGAAAUCCGUGGCGCCAUACUAGCCAUGGGCGGCAUCAUGCAUGUAUUCGGCAGCCUGCUAGUGUGCUCGCUGGGCCCGUAUGUGUGCGUCGGCGUCGGCUGUGUGCAUGUGUGUGUGCUGUGCUACGUGCCGGAGUCGCCGGUGUAUCAAGUCAUGAAAGGUAAACAUAACGAAGCUCGACUAACUCUACACGAUCUAGGGAAAACUGGAAACAUCGAUGAAGAAUUAAAUCUCAUUUGCAAACUUUCCGAAGAAGCCCUUAUACCAAAAACAAGGGACGACCGCGGACUAGUAAAGCGACUGUUGUUAAAACUUGAAAGAAAGAAUAUUCGCGGUUUUUUCAUAACUACAGUUCUUCUUUGUCUACAAGCUGGUGGUGGGAGGGUAGCAGUGGUUUAUUUUGCCACGCAUAUUUUUAAGAGUUCAUGGUCUUCUGUGGAUCCUGACGUGGGGAAUGUUGUUCUUGGAUUAACGGAACUGUGUGGGGUCAUUAUGACCCCUAUGCUGGUUGAGAGGUGUGGCCGACGGAUCAUGUUGAUGUUGUCACUUGGUUUCUGCUGUUUGAUUACGACUGUCUUGGGUACAUAUUUUUACCUCGAAGUGAACAAUUUCAUGAUAAUAAAGUCAAUAAAAUGGCUGCCUAUUUUUUUGCUGAUGUUAUUUUUGUUCUCGUAUAACUUUGGUAUAGGCAUCGUACCAAACAUCUUGAGCAGUGAGAUGUUCAGCGCUCCCUUCAGAAGUACCUGUUGCUCAAUAUCUAUGAGCCUCGCGUGGAUUGUACUCUUAUACAGCUGCAAUAUCGAAUCCAUUAUCACUGCUAUCUUUACCGACGGCCUCUUCUUCAUAUGUGCUGGUGCCAACGCCAUGGGUGUCUCGACGAUCAAAAACAAGGCCCCUAUAUGUGUUACUCCCAAAGCUAUUGCAGUAUAUUCCACCACUGCGUAA